CCUAAUCCAUACCUUGCUAUAACUCUUUCACCCCACAGAUAAAAAAAAAACCAAAGAACAACAGACAUCGUCAACACAGAGCACUACAGACAACCAAUUAGAUAGGAGAGAAGGACGUAGAAGAAAAUGGCGUCUGUUUAGGCUGGCCAGCUAAAUGUCGGAUAAUCAGAGCUGGAACUCUUCGGGCUCCGAGGAAGAUUUGGAUACUGAGUUCGGACAGCCUGUUGAGCUUUGUGGGGUUCUCAGUAAGUGGACCAACUACAUUCACGGAUGGCAGGACCGAUGGGUGGUGUUAAAGAACAACACCCUGAGCUACUACAAGAGCCAGGAUGAGCGAGAGUAUGGAUGCAGGGGCUCUCUGUGUCUCAGCAAGGCUGUCAUCACGCCCCACGAGUUCGACGAGUGCCGCUUCGAUAUCAGCGUGAACGACAGCGUUUGGUACCUGCGUGCCCAAGAUCCUGAGCACCGGCAGCGGUGGAUCGACUGCAUCGAGCUGCACAAGGCAGAGUCCGGCUAUGGCUCAGAGUGCAGUUUACGGCGGCACGGCUCCAUGCUGUCCCUCACCUCGGCAGCCAGUGGCUACUCCGCCACCUCGACGUCAUCCUUCAAGAAAGGGCACAGUUUACGUGAAAAGCUGGCAGAGAUGGAGACCUUCCGGGAUAUUCUUUGCAGGCAGGUCGACACGCUGCAGAAAUACUUUGACGCUUGUGCUGAUGGAGUCUCCAAAGACGAAUUCCAGCGGGAUAAAGUUGUGGAAGAUGAUGAGGACGACUUCCCAAAUACACGUGCUGAUGGGGAGUUCCCACACAACAAUAAUGGCAGUAAGGAAAAAUUGUUUCCAUCCGUGAACCCCAAAGGAAUCAACGGGAUUGACUUUAAAGGCGAGGCAAUCACCUUUAAGGCCACUACUGCUGGGAUCCUGUCUACUCUCUCGCACUGCAUCGACCUGAUGAUGAAGCGGGAGGAGAGCUGGCAGAAGCGGCUGGAUAAGGAAAUUGAGAAAAGGAGGCGGGUGGAAGAUGCUUACAAGGCCGCUGUGAUUGAGCUGAAGAAGAAGUCCCACUUCGGGGGUCCUGAUUACGAGGAGGGACCAAACAGCCUGAUCAAUGAAGAUGAGUUUUUUGAUGCUGUUGAAGCUGCCCUCGACAGGCAGGACAAAAUCGAAGAACAGUGCCAGUCUGAGAAGUCCAGGAUACACCGGCCCACGGCAGUGCCUUCCGGGGAUGUCUAUUCCUCCAUUGGCAGCCACAGAUUUGCUCAGAAGCCCUAUACUCGUUCCCCCUCCAUGUCUUCUGUUGAGCUAGUCAGUGCCUCUGAUGAUGUUCACAGAUUCACCACGCAGGUGGAGGAGAUGGUGCAGAAUCACAUGUCCUACUCUCUCCAGGAUGUUGGUGGAGAUGCUAACUGGCAGCUGGUAGUGGAGGAGGGGGAGAUGAAGGUGUACAGACGUGAAGUGGAGGAGAAUGGAAUUGUCCUGGACCCUCUGAAAGCGACACAUGCUGUGAAAGGGGUGACCGGCCACGAGGUCUGUCACUACUUCUGGAACACAGAUGUCCGAAACGACUGGGAGACAACUGUGGAGAACUUCACUGUGGUGGAAACGUUGUCCGAAAAUGCCAUUAUCGUCUAUCAAACUCACAAGCGGGUAUGGCCGGCCUCCCAGAGAGACGUGCUUUACCUGUCCGCAAUCCGGAAAAUCCUGGCCACUAAUGAGAACGACCCAGACACAUGGCUAGUCUGCAACUUCUCUGUGGAUCACGACAGCAGCCCGCCCACUAACAGGUGUGUCCGUGCCAAAAUCAACGUUGCCAUGAUCUGUCAAACCCUUGUCAGCCCACCAGAGGGAGACAAAGAGAUUUGUAGGGACAACAUCCUCUGCAAAAUUACCUAUGUUGCAAAUGUGAAUCCUGGUGGCUGGGCCCCAGCCAGCGUCCUGCGGGCAGUGGCCAAACGGGAGUAUCCAAAAUUCCUCAAGCGCUUUACCACAUAUGUCCAGGAGAAGACGGCCAACAAGCCAAUCCUCUUCUGAUUUGUCCAGUGCCCUCCUACCACUAUUCCAUCACCAUCUUCUGGUGCCGGCCCAUGCAGAGGGGCAUGUCCAGCUCAGUGCGCAUUCUCCCACCGUGGGUGCCACCUGCCCUCGUACUCUUAGCCCCGCAUGAAGCAGCACGGACCCUGUGCCCACUGCAGCACAAGCCUCAGCCAUGAGCUCUUCCAGACCUUUCAGUGCUGUCAGAGUUUCUUCCACAGAGUCCAGCACUUACAUAUGUGCUCUCACCAUCCUCAGCUGAUAAGCAAUUCACACACUGCUUCACAAAAACUGGUUUAGUACAUCAGUUGUUCAAAUAUAGUCAUGUUGUUUUUGCCAGAAUAUAAAAACGUAUACAUAUUUAAAGUUAUAGUUUAUAUAAAAAUAUUUUGCAAAUAUCAGUUGUGCAUGUUGUCCACUCAUAAUUGUUUUUAGUAAAUUUUUGUCUUGUUUUUGGGUUUGCUACAAUCACUGAUCUCAUGGCUUUUUUCCAUGCUGCUAAUUUUUCUAAAGAAAUGUGUUUACCUUUUUUAUCUCGAUUGCUAGACUUUAGGGCUGUUAUUGACCUUUCGACCUUACCUUUUCGUCUCCGUCUCUGGUGAAGAUCACACACAUGGUCUGAUGGAGGGAGAUACUGAAAAGCUUUACACGUUUUUUUUUUUUGUUGUUUUUCAGAAAUGUUUACAUCUCGUACCUUGUGUAGUUGUAAAUGUAUCACAGAGAUAUGUUGAGAGAGAAAGAUUCAAUAGCUGCAGUCAGGAAUAUUCAACAAAAUCUGAUCUGAUGGCUGAUUUGAUCUUUGAACAAGUGACUAAGAAUGGAAUUGAAGACGGAAAACAAAGAUACAAGCUAAAACUAAAAGCACUGCGGGGUGUUAUCCCACUCGGCAAACUUUGGUUUCUUAUGAACACUAAAGGCAUCACCGACGGCCCUCUUUGGAAACUACCAUCUUAUUUCGACCAUCUUAUGUCAUCUAGUCACACCUUCCAUUCAGCUGUUUGGGUCAGAAGUACAGAAAUAAACUAGCGCUUCUAGUGAUUUGCUGCAUUUAUUAAAAGGAUAUUAGUCACAUAUCACUUUAUUGAAUAUUUCACAUCUAACCUGUAACGAUUAAGUAAAAUGGUUUUGUGAGACUGUUCAAACCUCCGAUGCCUUAGAAAAUAAGAGGUGGGUGGAGGUGUGUUUCAUAGCAUUUAAAUCACUAGAGAAUUGCCUCAGUGUGUCCUUGCAGGGCAUAUGAUCGAUCAUGAGGUAACUCUAGCAUAAAUGUUUAAAAAAGGUAAAAGUUUCCUUUUUUUGGUGAGAUGUGCAUUCAUAUGAAGGUGGAAAUAUUUUUAUUAGUUCUUACCUUGAAACCAAUUUACAAUGUGAUUUGGCAAUCAACAGGACUGUGUAUAAAAACGAUGAUCAGCCUGACAGAAUCAAUUGGAAAUCUCAGACUACAGAUUUUCAAAAAUGACACUGAGAGGUAUUGUUUUUAAUUUUUUAACACAAGUUGUGGGAAUUUAGUUGUGUAUUUUGUGUUUUUUUGUAAUUUGCACUUAAUGUAAUGUCAUUGGAAAUUGCGUAAUUAAAAGGAUUACACUAAA